UUGCAAGUUUCAAACUUGCAGGUCGUUCCCGGCACCAUCAGACUGGAGGCGCUACGUCGCCACUCGCGGCAGAUAGCCGCGCGGCGCGUGCGUCGUGUUCAGUUCACCGAACGAGAACGAGAUGGCGCUCGGGGCGACGGUGCCGAGAGCGGAGGCUCCGAGAUGUCGGGCGGCAGCGGCGACCGUGAUCGUGACCGGCGCCCUUCCACCUGCCGCGUGGAGAUGGGCGCGCUGCUGGCACCCGAGCCACGGCCGCCUGACCACAAAGUUAAGCGACACAGUAUACAUGGGAUGACAGAGGAAGAAAAUGUAGUGCGGCCUCAUCAAGAAAUGGCCGUGCUCUCGCUCGAAGAGAAGAAAUAUCUGUUGGGGGUCGAGCGUGGAGACGUGGCAGGAACAAGGCGUGUUUUACAACGAGCUCGGGACACAGGGCAUAUUAAUGUAGACUGUGUGGACCCUUUGGGCCGCAGUGCACUCCUCAUGGCUAUUGACAACGAGAAUCUAGAGAUGGUUGAGCUGCUUCUGGAGUUUGGAGUUGAAACAAGAGAUGCGUUGCUACACGCUAUAUCGGAGGAAUUCGUUGAAGCGGUCGAAGCUCUCCUAGACCACGAAGAACGAACACGAAAGCCGGGAGAAUUACAUAGUUGGGAAGCUCUACCUCCGGAGACGGCCACCUUCACGUCAGAUAUCACACCACUAAUACUGGCAGCACACCGUGAUAGCUAUGAGAUUAUAAAACUGUUAUUAGACCGCGGCGCUGCUCUACCGGUACCUCAUGAUGUACGCUGUGGUUGCGAUGAAUGUGUUCGUUCACGUCGCGAGGACUCUCUACGGCAUUCUCGUUCACGUAUCAACGCAUAUCGGGCGCUGGCAUCUCCAUCAUUGAUUGCCCUGUCGUCUAAAGAUCCAAUACUUACGGCUUUUGAACUGUCCUGGGAGCUCCGACGGCUUUCUGCCCUAGAACAUGAAUUUAAAACGGAAUAUCAGGAGUUGCGGGUCCAAUGUCAAGAGUUUGCUACGGCGCUAUUAGACCACACUCGUACGUCUCAUGAAUUGGAAGUGCUUCUUAAUCAUGAAACGGGGUCACCACAGGCUCCUCUAGCUGAACCUGGCGCUCCGGAAAGAAUGCGAUUAUCUCGUCUUAAACUAGCCAUAAAAUUACGUCAAAAGAAGUUCGUGGCUCAUCCUAAUGUACAACAACUACUGGCUUCCAUUUGGUACGAGAGCGUGCCAGGUUUUCGUCGCAAAAACAUGCUGUUACAAGCAGCUGAAAUGGUUCGAAUAGGCGUUAUGUUUCCACUGUACUCGCUGGCCUACAUCGCCGCUCCUCACUCAACCGCCGGACGCACAUUAAGAAAACCUUUUAUCAAGUUCCUGUGUCAUUCGGCAAGCUACUUUAUGUUUUUAUUCCUGCUAAUACUCGCCUCACAACGUAUUGAGACAGCUGCAGCCGGAAUCCUUUGGGGUGAACCAGCGCAACACGCAGCGCCUCUGUCUCGACGUGGAGCGCCACCUUCUCUCGUCGAAUGGCUAAUACUGGCGUGGGUUAGCGGUCUCAUAUGGAGCGAAGUGAAACAACUUUGGGACAUGGGACUACGUGAAUAUGUACACGACAUGUGGAACGUUAUUGACUUCGUCACCAAUUCGCUUUACGUCGCCACGGUCGCGCUUCGCAUUGUAUCACAUUUUCAGGUUCGUAGAGAAAUGGGCUUAGGAUUGCAAUGGAAUCAACCCAGAGAGAAAUGGGACGCCUGGGAUCCUAUGUUGCUCUCUGAAGGCCUUUUCUCGGCUGCCAAUAUUUUUAGCAGCUUGAAGCUAGUGUAUAUCUUCAGUGUUAAUCCCCAUCUGGGUCCACUUCAAGUGUCUCUCAGCCGCAUGGUGCUCGAUAUACUAAAGUUUUUCGUUCUGGAUAUCCUCGUCAUUUUUGCUUUCUCAUGUGGUCUCAAUCAGUUGCUGUGGUAUUAUGCUGACAUGGAAAAGAAACGUUGUCCUACUGGUUCUCCUGUUGCUACCAACGGUACACUACCAGAUCCGGAUGCCUGUGUUGUAUGGAGACGUUUUGCUAACCUUUUUGAGACAAUGCAAACGCUUUUCUGGGCAGCCUUUGGAUUGGUGGACUUAGAUUCGUUUGAAUUAGACGGUAUUAAAAUAUUCACGCGUUUCUGGGGAAUGCUGAUGUUUGGAACCUACGCCGUUAUUAAUGUCAUCGUGCUGCUUAACUUAUUGAUCGCUAUGAUGAAUCACUCGUAUCAGUUGAUUUCGGAACGGGCGGACGUGGAGUGGAAAUUUGCACGUAGUAAACUAUGGAUCAGUUACUUUGAGGAAGGAGGGACAGCGCCGCCACCAUUUAAUGUUAUCCCAUCACCAAAGUCAGCGCUGUACACGUGGCGCUGGUUACAGCGUACCAUGUGUGGACACGCGCGCGCUAAACGUGAACACAUGAGAACAAUACGGAGAAAGGCGAAACAAGCGAAUGAGCGUGAUUUCCGUUAUCAGGCAAUAAUGCGUAACUUAGUUCGUCGUUACGUGACAGUCCAACAGCGACGUGCAGAGUGCGGUGGUGUCACUGAAGAUGAUGUUAACGAGAUCAAACAGGACGUGAGUGCUUUCCGCUGCGAACUUGUUGAAAUACUACGGAACUCCGGGAUGAACACCUCCACAGCGAAUGCUGGCGCACCGGGUCUUUCAGGUGGCGGUGGCGGUAAAAAGAACCGCCAGAAAGAACGGCGGUUAAUGAAAGGUUUUAACAUCGCACCUGGCGGGUCUCUAGCGCCCGUGGAUGAGUUUUUGGCGUCGCUUCACCAUGAACAUGGUGGUUCACAUGGGGCACACCACGCAUCGCUGUCAGCUCUGCUAGGAGGAAGGCUUAGGACAAGUCAAUCAAGCCUAUCAGAUGGAGCAGGAGGCGCGGGCGCCCAACGCCGUAAGCCCUCAUCACAUAAACGACGUUGGGGCACUAUCAUAGAAGCAGCUCGGGCUGCUCGUGUCUCUCGACUCAUUGGCCGCUCAAGGUCUGAGGACUCCGUAUGCGAUCAUGCUCGUCCUUCACCCAGUGGCAGCGAACGUUCUGACUCCGGCAGCGACUCACAACGUAGUCCAGAACGGGGCAGUAUACGAAGUGGCCCGCUACAUCCGUUAACAGCCCUCGCGGCACUGAAGCGGAAACGCAAGAAAUUUUCGGACUCACGACGAACUGCGGAAGGGGAGCGCCCAGUAGCUGGUGUGGCAGAGGCUCUUCAACGAGCCAGUUCAGUACCCGCACGGCCGCCUCCUAUCGCACCACCACGUGCUCCACGACCACCACCACCUACAGUGUCACCGUCCACUACCACAGAGAGUGUACAAGCUAAAGGUGGCAGUCGUGAACCGUUACUGGCUAGUCUCGACGAUGAUGCGCAAAAAGCAUGCGGACAAUGCGGCUACGAUGCAACAUCGGAGACUAGUCCAACGGCAGGUGGUGAACCAGCUGCUGAGGAGGAAGGUGGGGACGGUGCCACAUGUGGUCGGUGUGCGGCCCUCGCUCGCCUGGCUGGAGUGACACCACUUCAUGGACAUGCUCCUCACCACUCGGCUGGUUGGCUCUAG